AUGCAGGAAGAUGUCGAUUUUAUGGGAGAAGCGUCAGAAUCACUCUUCGGUAUAGACAAGGAUAUAGUUCCAUAUUAUAAUACCGUAAAGUAUGGACAAUUGGAAGUAGAAGCAGCUGGAAAAGAGGGUAAAGCGGCAACAUUAUUAGCGGAUGCAAUAUUUAAUUCCUCACUAGUCAUGUGUGAGCAGAUGGAGUGUGGAAAAGUUGAUAUCAGAGGGUGCAGAGAAUUGGGUGCCGGAGCAGCCUUACCUUCGCUAUAUUCGGUUUUGAAAGGUGCAACGGAGGUUGUCUGCACAGAUUAUCCCGAUUCAACUAUAAUAGACCCAAUAAUGAGAAAUUGUGAAAGGAACCUGACAAAUGAGAUGUCGAGUAAGAUUAUAGUAAAAGGACACAUAUGGGGAGAAAAUCCAGAAGAGCUUCUUCAUGUAGCCAAGAAAUUCUUUGAGAUGGCCGAGGUAGAAUUCAAAUUCAAAUGGAAGCAGCUGCGAUUGGAAGAUAAAUGGGUAGGAAAGGAGCCAUUGAACCUUAGGAAUCUGGAUGACAGGAAGAAUUCUGUAUGGGCCUAUGAGAUGUGGUGGUAG